CUUAUUUACCUUCAACCUUAUACAGACGACUAUUUGUUUUAGUCACUUAUAUAUCUCUACGGCACAACAUUAAAACGUUUCUAUUAACAACUGUCAGAGGUAACAUGGCAGACCUUGAUUCACCUGAAACAACUCCAGGGAACACAGCCUUGCAGGUGGCAGAACAAAAUGUAGAAAUCUUCAAGAAGCCAGAUAAACCAGCAGCUCGUAGAAGAAAAAAAGUCAUGGACGAGGAGACUUAUAUUAAAGAGGUGGAAAAAAUAAUUGAGAGAGACUUCUUCCCUGACCUGGAGAACCUAAAAGAAAAAUUAGACUACCUAGAGGCGAAGGAGAUGAAUGAUGUGGUGAGGCUCAGAGAAUUUUAUGCAAAAUACACAACAGACAAAGAUUUUCCUCUGCUGCACAACGUUGAAGACAGUCCAGCCACUUUUGAGACUCCCGACGCAGGACGCACCACCCGGGGGGGAAGUGGAACCCCGGGGAUGAAGUAUUCUGCAGACGACACAGAAGAACCUUCCACUGAACUAUAUAAAGGCUCGGAAGAGGACAGUUGUUCCAAGAGUGGCAAGAAAAUAACGCUAGAUGAGUUCUUUGAGAAACACACGAGUGAGGAUAAUGAAAGUUUUGAACUAAUAAUGAAGGAAAAUGAAAGAAGAUUUAAAAUGAAGUAUUCAUGGAUGUUUGAGGCAGAAGAGAAACAUAACAAAGAACAUACACCAAAUUUACAACCUCAGUCAGCUCAGCAGCAGGCAGAAGCAGCUCUUCUGUCUAUCACGGGCACAUCGGUACAGAAUGACACUAGACCUAAGCAGCUAGAAAACUGGAAUUACACAACUUUCAACUCUGUCAUGUUUGUCCCUGAUGGAGCUCAAUUAUCACAAGCAAAACAAAUUGAACUUGCUAAGCUGAAGAAAAGGGAAGUGAGUCUGGGAAAUACUCGCUUUGAGGGGAAUCCUUUUACGGAGACGCUGAGUCAGGCUGCAAUGUUAGAGGCAUCGGCAGUUCAGGCUAGCAAGAAGGAAGGGAAAGUUGGAGUGGAUGGUAAAGAGCUUGGAAAGGACACGCCCAAAGUGAAUGGGUAUAGUUUUGUAACUGCUCCGUCUCCAGUUCCUGGUGUGGAUGCCUCUCCCCUAAUGACCUGGGGAGAGGUGGAGGGAACACCAUUCCAACUUGAUGGUAACCAGACGCCCUUGCUAAAGAAACACACACCAGGACCCUCUUACAGAAUACCACAAGUUCCUAACAGAGAUCGCCUUGGACACAAAUUAGCGGAGCAAGCAAGUCAGAAGCACAGGAAUAGAAAAUCAAAAGCAGUAUUGACAGGCAAGCACAACUGGGGCACCCCAUUAAAUAAGUUUGGCCAACAGUCAUCCUCAGAGAGAGUAACGUCUAUGUCUCCAGCAGCACAGCGACUCCUGACUACCAAGCUCGGGGUAGGACACAGCACAGAUAAAGCCCUCCGAGCAUCUUACACACCAUCUCCCAGCGUACGACAUGGAACAGCAACCCCAGGUGCCAUCACGCCAAAUAUUGCCUAUCUUACGUCUACAGGUAGAAGCGUUACACCAAAACUUCAAAUCCAGAAAAAAGCUGCUGGAGUAGCCGGUGAAGGUGAAUUAUCAUUGGGACUCACUGAUAACUUGCUUAACCUGCCAAAGAGACCUAAGACCACUGAUACACACGGAAGUGAUAAAGGAGAUAAAUCCCGAAAUUGUGCGGCAGAUUACUUCUAACGACCUGCGGGUCAUUGUCAACAGAUUGUUUAGUGAAGUUGUGUAUAUAUACUUAAUGUAAUUUGUUAUUCAUAUAUAAUAAUUUAAGUUUUUAUGUCAGACUGUACAGAAUAUAGGACAAAUAUAUUACAGUAUAUUGUAUUUUGAAUAAAUAACUAAAUCCACUACAGCAGAGGCUUUAAGUGAUGCUUAGAAAUAGUCAUUAUUUGUCCUAAGUACAUUACUAUACUGUAGUCUUAAGGGAAGGAAUCUGCCUUAACCAUUUUCAUUUUGUUAGAAACAAGGUAUUUCUCAGGUAAAUUUUGUUGAUGAGUAAAUUAAUCUGUAUAUAUAAGAGAUAAUUAGGUGUAGCUAGAACAGUAUCAGAUCACUGCAGUGUUAUUAGACCGAGGAAUUUUAUAAUAUUUAAACGAACCUAAUUUUUUGUAACGAUUUUAUUGAAGGAACAGUGUCUUCUGUGUCUUCUGUAGAAAACUGAACAAGGAAUGUGUUUUAUGACAGAGGUUUGUUACUUCCAGGCAUUAUGUUGUUACAGUACUUGAGAGUUAUUAGUUGUCCCCCACCCCCCUUCCCCUCCCUUUCCUUUAUAAAUUACUGGCUAAAUAUCCCCUGAUAACAGUACUGUAAAUAAAAAGAAAUACAGAAUCGCAAAGACUGUCCAAAUCUCUGCUACUACUGUAUAUACAAUGAAGUUAAAAGAGGCCCCAGAAUUUAGAUACCAGUCACUCAGUCAACUUGUAACCUUUACAAACUAGAGUUGGUCUGGACAAAGUUUAUCCUUGUACAGUAUAGUCUGGUUUUACGCAGUUAAUUAAACCCAUGGAGGUCCGUGUAUAAAGCAAACGCGUAAAUUAAAUAACAGAACCUAUGGGAUUAAUUGAAAUAGAGACUGGGCCGACCGCCAGACUCACCUUUUUUUAGCUAUCGCUGACACAAUACUGUACAUUGUAGUAAAAACGACAUUUUAAUUUUAUGAUGGUAGUUCAGGGCCUCUUGGGGGUGGUGGGGGUCCAGCGGAAGCCAUUGUGUUGAAAGAAAAAAAGCACUGGUUCCUGGGCACGAGUGAAUAUGCACGGAGACAGUGAGACUGACGCAGUGGUGGAGAGCGGGGGUGGCUAGGAUGAAACCAAUCACAGCGCGCGGCUGAGGGGGUACGUGGAUAGUAAGGAUACGUGGCCCAAUCACAGUCUGCGACGUCGCCGGCGCGAGUCUGAUGUCAGCACCCAUCACCUCGCCCUGCUGCUUGCCGCGUACAUGAUGGAAUUUACUGUGUAAAUAAUAUUUGUCUCUUCUGACAGGUGCCGCGUAAAUGGCCUUCCGCGCAAAACCAGACUAUACUGUACAUGAAUUUCAGGAUUAAUUUUGACAGAUACUUGGAUAUCUUGAAACAGGCAAAAUGAAUAGAAUUAUCUGGAUCCAUGAUAUUUUAUGAAACCUUUAAUUAUGAGAUAUUUGACCCUUAUAUCCAAACGAUAUAUUUUAAUGAUGUGGUGAACCCUGAUUCAUAUGCCAGCCUCAAGAGUUCCUGUCAAAGAAGAGUUAGUUUUCUUCAUUCUGUGACCUUAUCCAAGUGGCUUACUGUUAAUAAAUUUAAUCAAACACUGCUGGGUGUACAGUAGUGUGAGUGUGCUUACAACAAGUAGUUUUAGAGUUUUGCAGUUUAUACUUCUCAAUAGUGAAAAUUGUGUGAAAUAAUUACGUUAUAGGUUUAUGAGCUGCUCAUGUGAUUCCUAAGAUACCUCCCCUAGAACUCCCUCUGCCAAUAGCCACCAUGGUCAGCAUCACCUCAGAGAUAGCUCCCUGCCCAGCAAACCAGAAUUGAAGCAAUGCAGUACAUCACUGAUUGUUGUAUCAGUAGCAACAUGUUCCUAUACUUUUAUCCCAGUUUAUCUUAACCUUUUCUAACCUACCACUAUCCAAACCUAACUUAAUCUAGCUUAAUACUAUCCAGACUUAAUCUCAGAAUGUUCUGACGUAACACACUUUAUGUAAUCCGACCUCAUAUUAUCAUAACCUAACCCUAACCCAGUGUAAUGCUAACUUACCAAAAUGUAUUCAAACCUAAUGUUAACUUUGUCUUGGCUGAACCUAAUACAUUAUAUUCAUAUUAUUUCUUAGGUUAAUGAGAUGGGAAUCAUCAAUCUCUACAGUUUCCAAGUUCACAAAUUCAGUACGUACUUGUAUAGUGUACUGUGCCACAAAAAACCACCAUAAUUUGUAAUUCCACUCUGCCAAUUGCCAUACACUUGAUGAUGUUUGGAGUUAUGGGGCAAAAUCAAAAUACAGUACGUUACAGUAGAUCCUCGUUAUAUCACAAGGGUGCGACCAAAAAUUACGGUGGACAGCUUCUACACCUUUGGAAAAUAAAGCAAAACUUAUGUUUAGUUCUUUUGCUCGAUCCCUAAGCAAUGCUAUUUUGGUUUCUUGCACUCAACUAUUUUUUCCCUCACUUCACCUGUCACCAUUUUUUUCUAACUUCACAAUACUGUACUGUACUUUGUUUCCUCACUUCACUGGCAGCCGUCACUAGCAGAUGAUGCAAACACAUGUGGCUCUGGCCUUGGGUGAGCAGCUUUUGUUGCCAUCUAGUGAGGAAACCUUUGUUUGUUGUUAGCUGAUCCUGUAAUUAAUUUUUGUCAUUUGAUGAAGAUGUUGGUACAUCUGAAAAUUUUAAAUUUUUCUGGGUUUACACCAUGACAUAACAAAGUUUGACAGUACUGCAAAGAACACUGGCAGUAAUUUAGUACAGUAUACCACAAAUUAAAGAAAAUAUCAAACCAUGAAAUACCGAGGGAUUACUGUACUGUACAGUAUCUACAGGUGAUUUAAUUUUUAUGGAAUAAUUGUCUACCAGAAAGGAUAUCAGUUUUACUCCAGUGGCUGUAGCUUCUACAUUUAUUUCAAAAUACAACUCCUCUCAAAUUCGAUAACUUAGAAUAUUUGCUCCAACAGAUUCAGCUUAACUCACAGAUCUGAGAUGCUCUGCCAGAAAAAAAUGAGGAAGAACAAAGCUAAAUUUAAGAACCAAUGUUUCAGUUCUCACAGCUUUUAGGGAACUUAAUCAUGAGCAUUAGUGUGGGUAACAAAUCAGUAAAAAAACUGGAAGUUAUCAUUAACGAAUAUUUACAAGGAGUAGGUGAGCGGGGCAUGAAGAGGUGUGUUGUGAUUGGUCCUCUCGCACUGUAACUAGCUGAAGUGUGUGUGUGUUUGUUUAGGUGAGGUAUUUAGUUCAUCUCCAACUAGUUACUCAGUAUAGUAGCACUAACAUGAAACACAUAUGUGAAAAUGUGAUGGAGGCACAUAGAGACUACUGUAUACUGUACUGUAUUGUACAAAAAUCAUGAGCACAACCACUCGGCUGGCCGCCACAUGCCACCACUGUAUGGUCUCCUGGCUCUGCCUUAAAACGGAUUUUUAUUAAUCUUUCACUCCCAUUCUGAAAUGAACACACCUGGCACAUGAUCUGCUAUAGUAUAAUGGUGAAGUUUGGGUUUAUUAUUAAAUUUAGUCGGAUGAUGGUAGAUACUGUAUUUGGGACCCAGAACACAUCUCAAUUUUUCUCAUGAUUUAUUAACUUCUUUUUCCAUGGAAUCGAUAUCCACAGAAUUCUUUAGGACCAUAACCUACAUGAUGCUCUAGAGUUUACUGAAGUCAUCUCUUAUCUUAACCCUUUAGAGGGCACAGGUGUCUCCCAGCUGAGUAAAAUCAUCUGGUGUUUGCCAGAAUAAAAUACCUAAGUGCACCGCUCCCCUUUAAAGGGUUAAUCACAUCCUAAACUGAUCUAAUGAUGUAAUUUUACACUUUGAGUGUCAGAAGAUUUCCUGGACAUUCUCUAAAAUUGUAAUUUCACAAUGAAAAAAUGGAAAUGUUAAUUUUAACUUUUAAUUACUUGACUUAUACUGUAUCUAAAAAGUAUGAGAUUUUCAUUUCUGCCAUUCAUGUCUCUUGGAAGUAACAUUAUCUUGUGAAAAAAUAGGUUUUAUCAGAAAAUUAUGGAAAAAAAUGGUUUUUAAAAAUGGUAAUAUUUGCCCACUCGUUCAGUACUGUUUCUAAUGGGCCAAAACUAAUUUAGAAGCAUGGUUAUUAUAUAACAAGACAUAAAUGAUAAAAUAUAUUCAGUAAUAUUGGCUUUUAUAUCCUAACAGUGGAAUAUCCAUCUGAAUACUGUAUGCAUGUAUAGGGGUUUGGUCUGACCUGCUGUAGGUUAAAAAGAAAAGAAAAUAUCAGCCAAACAGCAUUACUAUUACAGGAAAGUUUAAAAUAUGAACAGGAGGGGAUAUUCUACACCUGCCUCAAUUUUCACCACAGUUUUCCUGCUUGACACUUAUGACAUUUUGUAAAGAGGGAGGAAAAGGUACAGUUAAUGGAUGCCAUGAAGUCAAAAGAGAUGAUUUUAAAUGGACAUCGCUAACUCUCAUCAAAACAUCAUAAAUACAGUUCCAGUGUAUUUUAAGUUUCAACAAGCAUCUGUUGUGUGCCCAACCACCGCCACUAAGGAUAUGGGAAGAAGGUGCCUUGCUCGUCCUUCUCGCAAGUGCCAAUCACCAUUUUUUUAAUACCACUGUACCAAUACCACUGUACCUAUACCUCAAUCUCAGGUACCACCAUAUUUGCAGUAUGUACAGUAAAGGCAAGCACCUGUGCCGUAGCUUCAGCUCUACCUCUCCAGAGUCAGCCACCACCAGCUCCAUGUCAACCCUAGCCAUCUUUCUGUUGCUGCCUCUUGUAGUGUAAUUCUGAUUUUAUGAAGUAAAAUUAAAGCAUUA